UGUAAUGUUUUGAAAAUCGCAGGUUCAAGAGAGAGAAACAAGAGAGAGAGAGCGAGAGAGAAUGCUCUCUGAAUAGUGUAAGAGAGAGAGAGAAUGAGUGUGACUAUGUGUGACUCUGCGCGAUGAUGAGAAGAACAAAAGAACGAAAGAGGAAAACGGCAUUCACGAAUCUGCAACUGCAAGCACUCUUGUCGCUGUCGUCGUUUUGUCCUAACCGUCGUCGUUUUGUUUCCGCUGCGUUGCAUUGAGCGAGCGCAAGUGAGAUGAGUCGUUUAGGGUUCAAGCACGAGGUCUACGACGGCGACAAGCACGUCGGCGAACUCGACGUGGUUCCGGCGUCGCCGUUCCACAACUUCCGGUUCCCGAACAACGAGAUUCGCAUCCACCACUUCAGCGCCAAGAGCGAGCGUUGCCCUCCGCUCUCGAUCCUCCAAACCAUUGCGGCAUUCAGCGUUCGCUGCAAGCUCGAAUCCUCGGUCGCCGCGGAGCAGAAGGAACUAACCGCCAUCCACGCCAGUUGCUUCUACGAAAUGAAGACGGCGGUGGCGGUGGUCGGAGACGAGGAGAUUCACCUCGUCUCGAUGCCGAGCAAGAGGAAGAAGUUCCCGUGCUUCUGGUGCUUCGCGGUGCCGUUGGGGCUCUACCACUCGUGUUUGGGGAUGCUGAACCUGCGGUGUCUCGCGAUUGUGUUCGAUUUGGACGAGACUCUCAUCGUGGCCAACACGAUGAAGUCGUUUGAGGAUAGGAUUGAUGCCUUGCGAGGGUGGCUCUCGCGCGAGACCGAUCCGCUGCGGGUGCAGGGUAUGUCCGCGGAGCUUAAGCGCUACCUGGAGGACCGGUUGUUGCUGAAGCAGUAUGCGGAGAACGAUUGCGUUUCUGAAAAUGGGAAGGUUUAUAAGGUUCAGAUGGAGGGGGUGGCGACGUUGACUGGUGGAAACGAGAAACUGGUUCGCCCGGUUGUCAGGUUGCAAGAUAGGAACAUAGUUCUCACUCGCAUCAAUCCUGAGAUUCGUGACACUAGUGUAUUAGUGAGAUUACGGCCUGCCUGGGAGGAUUUAAGAUGCUAUUUAACUGCAAAAGGACGCAAGAGGUUUGAAGUCUAUGUUUGUACUAUGGCUGAAAGGGAUUAUGCUUUGGAAAUGUGGAGGCUUCUUGAUCCUGAGGCACAUCUUAUAGGUUCAAAGCAAAUCCUUGAUCGUGUGAUUUGUGUCAAAUCAGGCUCCCGAAAAUCUCUACUAAAUGUUUUCCAGGAUGGUAUGUGCCAUCCGAAAAUGGCAAUGGUCAUUGAUGACCGUUCAAAAGUAUGGGAAGACAAGGACCAGCCUAGGGUUCAUGUUGUUCCUGCCUUUACUCCUUAUUAUGCUCCUCAAGCAGAGACAGCCAAUGCUGUGCCAGUCUUAUGUGUAGCAAGAAAUGUUGCAUGCAAUGUCAGAGGUUGUUUUUUCAAGGAGUUUGAUGAGAGUUUAUUACAAAGAAUUGCUGAAAUAUUCUUUGAAGACGAGAUUGGAACUUUACCUCACCCUCCAGAUGUGAGCAACUACUUGAUGUCCGAGGAUGUGCCAAAUGGUAAUGCUAAUGCCUCCAUGAGUGAAGGAAUAAAUAGUGCAGAAGUUGAAAAGAGGUUAAGCCAACCUGAUGAUAAAUUUUCUGUUGAUUUAGUCACCCGACCCUUGGCAAACAGUUUUGAGGUCAAACUUGAAACCUCUCAGCCAACUCCUGGUAUUAAUGUCACUGUCCCUGGAUCUUCAAGACCACUGAUUCCUUCCCAGAAACCUGGUUUGCUUGGACCUCCGGUCAAGCAGGAAGGCAGCUCUGUUGAUCGUGAUUAUGACAUGAGAAAAGGACUUCUGAGGCAUGGUCCAGAUAUAAGAGGUCAAAUUUCAGCUGAACCUCCACUGAUAUCGAGGCCACCUAAUCAAGCAUCACUAUCAUUAAUGCAGCCAUUUGGAGGUGGUUCAGUAGAAGAUGACAUAACCAGCAGAACUCAGACAAAUAAUUUGCCCUUAGCAUCUAUUAAAGAAUCUAAUGUAGUAAAAUCCGAUAAGCAUCAGGCUCAACAGAAACCAUUUUCUCAUAGUGUCAUAGGUUCACUCCCCAAUGUUGUACUCCCUCAAGCAUCACAACAUAAGGCUGAAGAGGCAACUUCGGUUUCUGAUUUGCAGAGGCAGAAUGCUCCAUCUAAGUCUCAGCUAUCAGAGGAUGGGAUAUCUCAGAAUCAUGCAUCUUCUAACAGUAAAGAUUUUCAAAAUGAAGCUGGAAAAUUGAACUUCUUACCCCCUCUAUCUAUUCAAGUGCUGCAAGAAAUUGGGAGGCGGUGUAACUCUAAGGUUGAAUUUAAGUCCAUCCUAAGCACCAGCAAAGACUUGCAGUUUUCAGUGGAGGUACUAUUCACUGGUGAGAAAAUAGGUGUUGGUAUGGGUAGGACAAGGAAGGAUGCUCAACAACAAGCUGCUGAGAAUGCCCUACGCAGCCUAGCUGAUAAGUAUGUGGCACAUGUGGAGCCUCAAUGUAGAGCUGUUGAUAGGGAAUUUGACAAGCUUUCUAUUGGACAUGACAAUGGUUUCUUGUGGGAUGUGGUCAAUCCGGAAUCCAGUGAACUGCAAGCAGAAGAUGGAGCUCCUAGAGAAAAUGCUUCUGAGGCUUUGGAUGCUGAGACUAGGUCAUGUAAUGCCAUUAAUCAGCAAAUGGAAAAGCGUAUUAGCUCCCCGAGAAUGCCUAAUUCUGUUCCCAGUAAACGAUUGAAGGAGUGAAAAAGUUGCUAGAUAAACAAGAUUUACCUUGAGUACUGCAACUGGAGAAUGGGCCAUUUGAAUUCUUAAGACGGCUUAUUAUCUAUCAUUUUGUAAGCAAAAGGUUUUGAUGUAAUUUGCUCGUGUAAUAUCUCUGCCAUAGCGGUUGUAGAUAUGCUGAGGUAAAUUCCCUUGGCUAAAUUCUGUUAUAGAGAAGGGCAUUUUAUUUUUGUUUUGCCCUACUAUUUAGGAUAUUUAGUUUGAAUAUUAAUUACAGGAAAAUCAUUUCUCCUUUGUAAUUAAAUCAGUUUUUUCAUACUUAGCUUUGGUGGUCUAA